GUUGGUUGCAUGUUCCAUUCACUCCGUAUUGGCUUUCCUCCCGAGUUAAGGCACACGCUAAGCCGCCUUGGGCAUUUCUUCCGUAUCGAAAGACCCAUCAAGGCGACGAUAUCUUGGACACAGAAAUGAGCAACUUUCACUCAGCAUUGACAGCCUCGAGUCCUGUUGAUAUUAUAAUUCCGGCUCUCUCGCUUACACCUCGUUUCGUUCUUUACCUUUCCGUAUCCAUCGCAAUGGAAGAGGCAAGAAUGGUCGCCUUAACGAAACGCUCUGUACACUUAAAAUAGC